UAUCUUCUUCUCCCCUUUUGGUUCACCACCACUUGUAUAUUGUUUCACAUUUCUCCAUCUCAAAACCACUUUCUCUUCACCUACAUUUCUGCUAAGCUACUCUCAAAUUCAUCAAUUCUUGAUUUUAAACGCCAUAAAUCAAGAACUAUAGCUUGUAAAAAGAUAAGAUGAAGAUACAGUGUGAUGUGUGUGAGAAUGCUCCAGCGACGGUGAUAUGUUGUGCCGACGAAGCAGCUCUUUGUCCUAAAUGCGACGUGGAGAUUCACGCUGCUAACAAACUCGCAAGCAAGCACCAACGUCUCCAUCUCAAUUCUAUCUCCACAAAGUUUCCUCGUUGCGAUAUAUGCCAAGAGAAGGCAGCUUUUAUUUUCUGUGUUGAGGAUAGAGCUCUGCUUUGCAAGGAUUGUGAUGAAUCUAUUCAUUUAGCUAAUUCUAGAUCUGCGAAUCACCAGAGGUUCUUAGCUACUGGGAUCAAAGUGGCUCUUAGCUCAAACAGUUGCAGCAAAGAAACCAAGAAGCAUCAUUCUAAGGAGAUUCCAGCUAAAACCCUAAGCCAGCAGCAGCCUUCGUCUGAAACUACUCCUCUUCCUUGGGCUGUUGAUGAUUUCUUUCAGUUCUCUGAUCCUGAGUUCACAGAUAAGAAAGGACAGCUUGAUCUUGGGGAGUUUGAGUGGUUUUCAGACAUGAGUUUCUUCGGUGAUCAGACUCUUCCUACAGCUGAAGUUCCCGAGCUUUCUGUUUCGCAUAUGGGUCACACUCAUUCAUACAGACCAAUGAAGUCAAACGUUUCAUACAAGAAGCCUAGGUUGGAGAUCAGAGAUGGUGAUGAUGAUGAUGAGGAGCACUUCAUUGUCCCUGAUCUAGGUUAAAAGCUAUAUGUAAGCUAUGUGUAGACAUUCCUCUAUGGAAAAUUAAAGCUAGAAACUUAUCUGCAUAAGGAGAAUGAUGCAUGGGGUCAGUGUCAUAUCUAUGGCAUCAUCUAUAAGUCGAGUAAGCUAUGUUGAGAGCUUAUUACACUUUUUUCGUUUUUGUCUGAAUCUCUAUGAGAUGUUUGUGUUUGAGUUUGUUCAUAUACCUCUUGAACAUGGUAUGGUAUUUGCUAUAUCUUUGAUACAACAAACUUGAAUAAAAGAGGGAACUUCCUU